CUCCCAGUUUCGAUAACGAAGGCAAUUCCCCCGGGGCCCGAUAAAAUUCCUCAACCGUUCUCUCAAUUCAUCCCCCAGAAUUGAAUUCAUUCAAUUUGUUCCCGAAGAAGUGCCUCAAAGCAUUCCAAUGCGAAACUCGAAUUUCCAUCCCUAGACUUUGAGAAAUAAAAAACAAUUAAACAGAUGUUUAUGUCGGGGAAAUACCGAGAUUAUUCAGAGGUUCUGAUAUUACCUCAUAUACCACAUGCACUUGAAGAGAAGUGGAAUGCCGAGGAUGGAGGUGGGGAUAACAUCGAUAUAAGCCACGGGAACACCCGGGCUGACGACAUUUCUCGUGCCAAGUGCUAAACAGAUUGAGUGAAUAGAGACUUUCCAAUAAAAAAAAACAUCUAAAAUUCACGUUUCCCAAGUGAUAAAGGUGAAAAAUAAAUAAAUAAAUACAUCGGUACACCGUGCUGUUACUGCGUUUACAAUUUCAAAUAUUUCACGACUAGUGCAUUAUAAAUCGGCAUCGACACGUGAUUUUUACGUCGCACACUGAAUUACGAGUGGUAUAUAAUCGGAAAUAUUUCCCUCAAAGCCGAGAAAAUUCAACCCACGUUCAGUGAAGUGUGUAAGGGUGUUGGUGCUGAAAGAAUAAAUAGAGAAUUAUUUGAAAUCAUGGCAUGCGAGAGUCUGCAAAAUGUACCGAUCAUUGCCAUCAACCAGAGGAAAGCAUCUGCAUUAUCUCGACCGGAGGAAGUGCCAUACUGGGGUGAUAAUGCCCACAUUACCUGUGGAAUGCUUCCAACAUUGCGUGUACUUGCAUCACGAGGUUGCGAGUGCCAGGGGAGUGUCUGCCUGGUGCCAACGGAUGCCAAUACAGAUUCUGCGAGUCAUCUGCAGAUGACCCUAUUGGAGGCAUACUGCCGAGAGAUAGGUAUUCAAGUUGUUCGAGUUCGUGAGGAUGCCCUUCGAUCAGCAAUAGGUCCAAAGAAUCGAGAUAUAUCCUGUGUUCUACUCACCAGGGAAGACUUCCUCGAGGCACCCGAAUGACUCAUCCUGGAUUGAACGAGGAAAUUAAUCUUAUCUGGACAGAUAUGAUAUCAGAACCGGCGACAUACACGUGUCUGGGUACAAUUAUCGCUGGACUGACGAUAUUUUUAUCGUCGUUACUGAUACAAUCGAAAUCGAAGGGACGAAAUAUUUUUCGCUAUUUUCUAUUUUAUCUGGGCUAUUGCCUCGAUUUUUCUGGGGUAAGCUCUCGAUUUUCGGAAAAUUGGGCGACCCACUGGGGAUUUGCAGAUUAUUCACGUGGAGGUGGUGACAGAGGAGUCGUGGAAUGAAUGAAAACUUCCUGGGGAGUUUCCUGGGGAGUCACUUUAACGGAAUCGCUUUAAUUGAAUCUUCUACUCAAAUGGUAGAAUCGGAUAAGUUGACUCUGUAAUUUUUGACUUAAGAAGUUUUAAUUAAUUGGAAAAU